AAUAAGAUGAUAAUAAGAUAAUUUGGAAACAAAUAUUAACAAAAAAGGAAGUCAAAUAAAAUAUAUUAAUAAUGAUCUUUUAAUAAUUAAUUAAUAUUAUCAUUGUAAUUAUGAAAGGUAUUGCCUUUUGAUAAUAAGGUGAUUUGGAAACAAAUACUAACAAAAAGAAAGUUGAAUAGUACAUUAACAAUGAUAUUUAAAUAAUUAAUUAGUUGUUAUCAUUGUAGUUAACAUUAUAAUAAUUAGUUUAAUAGCGAUACACAUAAAACAGAUUUUUUAAAUAAUAUUAUAGAAAUGUUUAGAUGAAACUUGUUUUUCUAAAAACUCUAAGAUAAUUUUAUUAAUGAUAUAUAACAUAAUUCACAUGUUAUAACGGUUCUCAAUUAAUAUAUAAGAGAUUACACGAAAUACUUUUUUCCAAGUUUCAUGGAGGCAUAAGUUUUCAGCAAACGAUCCAGUAUGUAACAUUUAAUUUUUGUUUUCAUCUUGACUAAUAGAGAUUCCUUCAACGUUAGAUGCUUUUCCAUUUUCACUAUAAAAUUGUAUAAUACUUCAUUCUUGACGGGCUAACUCAAAAAACACAAGUCUCUGUCAUCUGUCUUCUCCUUCUUCUCUGUUUCAUCGUUUUGUACUUUUCUCCAGCUAACCUUAGGCUUUUGGUGGACCAUCUUCUCGUCCAGAACAUGGCUUCCCCGAACGAAAACGAAAGCGACGAGUUUCCCAUGCUUCGUCAAUUUCCAGAAGCAAGAUCUCGUGCUUUACACUCGAGGAAUCGUAGCAUUUCCUUCUCUGAUUCAACUUACUCCAGUAACAGAGUUGAAAACUCAAGUGGCCCUCGUCGAACACAGAGUAGACCAUCUCCUUCCGUGCACAUGAGUGGUCCUCUUUACGAUACUCGUAGACCUGAUCAGUCUUUCUUCCCUCCCUCUCCUGUUCAACCUCCUGCAUCCUCCCUCUCCUCCUCUACCGUUGAUAUUCCUUCCGAAGAAGUUGUUGAAGCCCUCUUGAAAAACGCAAAUCUAUUGAAAUCUGGACAGCUAGGGAUGUGUAAUUAUCCUUACUGUACUACUUGUCCUUCUUACUACAACCGCCAAGCUGCUCAGUUUCACACUUACGGAGUAGUUUCUGACUCUAGGACCCAAGUAAAUGUUACACACAACCGCCAAGCUCUGCAUGAUUAUGAUAGAGGCUGGGCUAAGCUGCUUGCUUCCUAUGUUCGUAGAUGCCUACCUGGAAUCAUAAAUCCUCAUUCCAAAUUCGUUCAAAUGUGGACUCGUUUCUUAGCCUUUUCAUGCUUGCUGUCUAUCUUUAUAGAUCCUGCCUUCGUAUACCUCUUAUUAAUCAGAGAUGACAACAAAUGCACAGAUAUUGAUUGGCCUAAGGCGACAUUAUUUUUGUUUCUGAGAACUAUGUCGGAUUUUGUAUUCUUCAUUAACAUUCUGCUUCAGUUUCGGUUGGCCUAUGUAGCUCCUGAGUCUAGAAUAGUUGGUGCUGGCCAGUUAGUUGAUCAUCCAAGGAAAAUUGCUUGUAAUUACUUGCGAGGCAAGUUUUUUCUUGACGUGGUGAUAGUCUAUCCUGUGCCACAGCUGAUGAUAUUAUCGAUACUACCCAAGUCAGAAUUUGAGGAGAACGCUAUAAUUGGCAUAUUUCUAUUCCAGUACAUUCCAAAGCUAUACAGGCUUCUUCCACUUAUUGCUGGACAAACACCAACCGGGUUCAUAUUUGAGUCAGCUUGGUCUAAUUUUAUAAUUAAUCUUCUCACCUUCAUUCUUGCUGGUCAUGCUGUUGGUUCUUUCUGGUAUCUUGCAGGGCUCCAGAGAGUUAACAAAUGCUUGUUACAAGCUGGGAAUUUUACGAUGGAUGAACGUAGAUAUCUUAUAGACUGUACUUCUGGGGAUAGCUAUCUACGAGCUCUCUGGAGAGAUAGUGAGAGUGUUAAUGCUUGUUUUCAAGACGGUGGCUUUUCAUUUGGGAUCUAUUUGAAUGCAGCUAAUCUUACCACUCAACCUAAUAUCUUCACAAGAUUCAGUUUCUCUCUGUUUUGGGGCUUCCAGCAAAUAAGCACACUUGCUGGAAACCAAACCCCAAGUUACUCAGUAGGGGAGGUUUACUUUACGAUGGGCAUCAUCGGACUAGGGCUUUUGCUUUUUGCGCGGCUUAUCGGUAACAUGCAUAACUUCCUUCAAGCUCUUGAUAGAAGGAGGACGGAAAUGAUGCUGAGACAGCGUGAUGUGGAACAGUGGAUGAGCCAUAGACUGUUGCCAGACGAUAUAAGAAAGAGGGUGCGAGAGGCUGAGCGGUUCAAUUGGGCUGCUACUAGAGGAGUUAAAGAGGAGCUGAUUUUUGAGAAUAUGCCUGAUGAUAUUCAGAGAGAUAUAAAACGCCAUCUCUUCAAGUUUCUCAAGAAGGUGUGGAUAUUUUCUUUGAUGGAUGAAUUGAUCUUAGAUGCCAUCCGUGAGAGGCUGAAACAAAGGAGGUACAUAAGGAGUAGCACGGUGUUGCGCCGUAAAGGUCUAGUUGAGAAAAUGGUAUUCAUAGUGAGAGGUGAGAUGGAGAGCAUUGGAGAAGACGGUUCUGUUCUGCCAUUGUCAGAAGGAGACGUUUGUGGUGAAGAACUCCUCACUUGGUGCCUCGAACGCUCUUCGGUAGACCCUGAUGGAACGAGGAUAAAGAUGCCGACAAAAGGUUUGGUUAGCAACAGAAGUGUUAGGUGUGUGACAAACGUGGAGGCGUUUUCGCUGAGUGUAGCAGAUCUUGAAGAUGUAACGAGUUUGUUCUCUAGAUUCCUAAGGAGCAAUCGUGUGCAAGGAGCCAUAAGGUAUGAGUCUCCUUAUUGGAGGCUACGAGCAGCUAUGCAGAUUCAAGUGGCUUGGAGAUACCGAAGGAAACGACUUGAGAGAAAAAAACAGAAUGGUGACAUAGAUGAGUGA